AUGGGUAAGGGACUACCUUCCACCUUUGUGCAGUGGGAUGACCUGGCUUUGAAGCCACAAUGGCACUAUGGGAAGAAGCAAGGGCCUGGAGACCCAAGCUUGGGACUUGUCCACACUGACCUGAGUGACCUGGGCAAGCUUUGGGACUUUCCUUCCUUUAGGAGAGUGAGUCGAGCUGCAACCCCUUCAGCAGUUACCUGCCAACUGAGCAACUGGUCAGAGUGGACCAGUUGCUUCCCAUGCCAGGACAAAAAGUACCGGCACCGGAGCCUGUUGCAGCCUAGCAAGUUUGGGGGAAACAUCUGCAGUGGUGAUGUCUGGGAUCAGGCCAGCUGUUCCAGCUCCACUCCUUGUCAAAGAAAAGCACAGUGUGGACAGGAUUUCCAGUGUAAGGAGACACGUCGCUGCCUGAAACGUCACCUUGUGUGUAAUGGAGACAGGGACUGCCUUGAUGGCUCUGAUGAGGAAGACUGUGAAGACAUCAGGGUCUCUGAAGAAGACUGCAGCCAGUAUGAACCAAUUCCAGGGUCAGAGAAGGCGGCCUUGGGGUACAAUAUCCUAACCCAGACAGAAACUCAGAGUGUGUAUGAUGCCAGGUAUUAUGGGGGCCAGUGUGAAACCAUAUACAAUGGGGAAUGGAGGGAGCUCCGAUAUGAUCCUGCCUGUGAACGUCUGUACUAUGGAGAUGAUGAAAAGUACUUUCGGAAACCCUACAACUUCCUGAAGUACCAUUUUGAACCCCUGGCAGAUACUGGAAUCUCCUCUGAGUUGUAUGACAAUGCAAAUGACCUUCUUUCUAAAGUAAAAAAUGACAAGUUUGAGUCAAAUGGCAUAACCAUUGGCAUAGGUCCAGCAGGCAGUUCUAUUACAGCAAGUAUGGGUGUAUCCUGGUCAAAAGAAUCUUCAUUCUUUAAUAAGUUAAGCAAGUAUAAUGAGAAGAGAUAUGGCUUCAUGAGAAUUUUCACAAAGGUGCAGACUGCCCAUUUUAAGAUGAGAAGGCACAAUAUUGUGCUGGAUGAAGGAAUGUUGCAGUCAUUAAUGGAGCUUCCAGAUCAGUACAAUUAUGGCAUGUACGCCAAGUUUAUCAAUGACUAUGGCACUCAUUACAUCACCUCUGGAUCUAUGGGUGGCACUUAUGAAUACAUCCUGGUGAUUGACAAAGAAAAAAUGGAAUCACUUGGUAUUACCGACAAAUAUAUCAAGACAUGCAUUGGAGGUGCUAUUGGCUUUGAACGUGAUGACACGAUAGGAUUUGAAGGAAGUUUAUCAGGAGGACAUUGUGAAAAAUUUGGAUUUGGCAAUGCUGAGAAAGACAAGAAGUCCAUGGCUGUGGAAGACAUCAUUUCUAGAGUGCGAGGUGGCAGCUCUGGCUGGGGCGGUGGUUUGACACAAAACAGCAGCACUAUUACAUACCGUUACUGGGGGAGAUCAUUAAAGUAUAAUCCUGUUGUUAUCGAUUUUGAGGUACAGCCCAUCCAUGAGAUGCUGCUGCACACCAACCUGGGGCCUCUGGAGACCAAACGCCAGAACCUGCACAGGGCCUUGGACCAGUACCUGAUGGAAUUCAAUGCCUGUCGUUGUGGACCAUGCUUAAACAAUGGAGAGCCCAUCCUUGAGGGCACCAGCUGCCGAUGUCAGUGUAGGUUGGGUCACCAAGGCCCUGCCUGUGAGCAGAUUCAACUGGAGGGUGCCAAAGCAGAUGGUCGCUGGAGCUGCUGGAGCUCCUGGUCUGCAUGCAGAGGGGGAACCCAGGAGAGGAAGAGAGAGUGCAACAACCCUGCCCCCCAGAAUGGAGGCGCACCAUGCCCAGGGCAGAAGGUGCAGACCCAGGCCUGCUGA